UGACAAUAUUGCUGCUGGCUGGGCGCAGGAUGCUGUCAGGCCGAACAAACGUAGCGACGUAGCGGAUGGCAACCACCGCAGCGUCCUUUGUUAUCCCUGGCUAAGCACCAAGCUACUGUUCAGACUGUCAACCAGCAACACCUGGUGGAGAAGAAGAAGGAGAAGGCAGGAAGUUCUACCAACUAGUACAAAAUGAGAAUCACCAAAGUGGCAGUGUUGAAUUUACCAUCCAAUGUUGUGCAAUGAAACAGUACCACUCCGAUAGUGAGGCGAACUGAAGGGGGCGCUAAAGCAAGCGUUGGGUGGCAGAGGAGGGGUUGGUUUUUCUUUAUGACCCAUCCUCAGGUGUUCCUUCCUCUGUGGAAGUGCUCAUCCACACCACACCACAAUUUUCUUGUCUCUUCUUUCAUUUUUCCAUCCAUUAUGCCUCAUGCAUAGCUCACUGGAACCUGGAAACACCCAAGACCAGUAAAACCAAUUGUGGUCACUGAAGCAAAGCGUUCUAUCAAGAAGACUUUAUCAUUUGUCUGGCUCACUGCUUCCCACUGAGGGUGUUUCCUCUGUUUCUAGUUUUUCCUCUUGUCCAAUUCGUGUCUUCAUGUUUUGGGGGUCCCUUAGUGACCCCACCCUCUGUCAACCCCCCUGCUCCUGCUGCCACCACGGCCGGCCACCCCAGCCACUACAUUGCCAUGCCAACAGAGACACUUGCUCCAGCUCUGCCAGAUAGCAAGGCCGCUGGCACUGCGACGCCCUUCAGUUCCGCUGUACCCCUUCGUAUCCUUAACAAGGGCCCAGACUACUUCAGGAGACAGGUUGAACCCAACCCAAAACGUCUCAGUGCUGUUGAGAGACUGGAAGCAGACAAGGCCAAGUAUGUUAAGAGCCAGGAGGUUAUCAAUGCUAAACAGGAACCAAUCAAACCCCAGAUUCCAGCCAAGCCCCCCCUUGAGCUUACCCUCUUGUCUAAGAAAGGCACUGGAAUGUGUGGCGGAGGGCACGGAGGUGAUGUUCCUUUCAAGCCUUCAAAUAACAACGCGAAGUCUGACAAAUGUGCGACCAGCAGCGGCGGCGGAAAACGGGAAAAUUUAAAUCUGGAGAUUCUCAAAAAUCUCUUGAAUUCGUCAUCUUCGUCAGGAGCAGGACCUGACGGGUUCCGUGGUGGAGCUAAGAGCGCCGUGUUGAUGAGGUCAUCUGGGGGAAUGACAAGGAGUUGGACACCCUCGGGGAUGCCAUUAACCUACCGAUCCACAAUGGCUCUCAAUGAGCAACCGCAAGACUCUGCUCCCAGUCCAAGCACCUCACACUCCCUGCGCUCAUUUUCCCAUUCAUUGAAGGUACCACCUGUGAACAGUGGUGGGCGCUGCAGCCCACAGCUGGUGGGAAACCUCAAUCUGAGCCGACGAGUGCUGGACGAGAGAGGCAGCGAAGGACGGGUUAUGGAUCGAUCACAUUCUCCACUUCCGCCAUUGCUGACCUCCCACUCUUCCUCGGACCUGCUACGACUGUGCAACGGCAAGCCGCUCCGUACUGCUCGAUCUAGCAGCUCCUCGGCUCCACCGCUGCCCCCUAAACCAAACCCGGCCUCCCUACCACCCCCUGGCCUCCCGUUGUCGCUGCCUCCUCCUCGUCCGAAUGUAUCCCCGUUGCUGUGUGAUAAUGCCACCCCAAAAUCGUUGUCAGGUGAUGUUGGAGAUGCUGCAAAUCCUUCAACAGAUCCCAACCUGGAAUUAGAGCUUGGUUCCUCUGUAGCACGUCGCUCCUCUCUACACAGGUCAAAAUCAGACCUGUCGGACCGGUACGCCCGGGCUGGAGCUGAUGUGGAACGUUUUUUUAACUAUUGCGGCCUCGACCCUGAGGAGCUGGAGGCAGUUGGUUCAGAGAACUUUGGUCGGGCAAAUUCAGAUAUCGUCAGCUUCAACAUGCGAUCGGCAUCCAUGAUUUCCUCAGACUGUGACCAGUCCCGGCAGUCCUCUAACGAUGGUCUGUCGGACGGGGACGAGGGUGAAGACGAGGACGAGGAGGCUGGGGACCGAGUUCCUUACGGCAUCUCUGCUGUAGAGCGGAACGCUAGAGUCAUUAAGUGGCUGUACAGCAUCAAACAGGCGAGAGAGACGCAAAAGGUUUCACAUGUUUAGCAAAAACGGCCCAACAAUCAAAGUGCUUCUUGACACAUUUAAACAUCCUAAUGCCUGGGCUUGCUAGAAACAGACAUCCAUCCAGCCAUCAGUCUUCUUCUGCGUAUUUGGGGUUGACUUCUUGGGCCAGCGGCCUAAGCAGAGAAGCCCAGCCUUCAUCCAGCGCCUCAUGAUGGAUCUCGAGUCAUUCCCAGGCCAUUAGAGAGACGGUUUUGCCGACGUGUCCUUGAUCUUCCUUGAGGUCUCCUACAGGUCGGACGUGCCCUGAAUACCUCCGCCAGGGAGGCGUCCAGGAGAGUGAAAAGACUUUGAUACCUAUAGUAGAUCUAAAAAUGUACAUAUCUUAACUACUGGAUAAGAGUUGCCCUGUUACCCUGUACUGAGUGGAGUUUUGGGUGUGUCUAACCACUUUGACAAAAGACCCCCCAAAUCUCAGAACUGUCUUUUUUUUCCCAUGAAGACCAAAAUAACAUAGUAGCUAGCAUAAUGAUACUUUAUAAUAAUGGUUUGGUAUGUACCUCAUACCAUCCAGGAGCAAAGAUGUGUACAUUUUCACAUCAAACUCUCAUCUAUGUGGACUUUGUCGAUGCACAGUAUGUCUUUUUCUAGCAAGCCUUUCAUGAAAGUCCAAGGUUUAAGAACUGAAAACGUCUUUUGUCGUUCAUGUUUGAAGUAGACACCUGGAAAUUGAGGAACUAAACUCCCACAACCACCGUAUAAGGAACCACAUUGGUGUAGCCAAAUAAGAAUAGCGGUUACAGGUGUUCAUGCGGUAUCCGAGUUUUUUAAGCGAAGCCAUUUAUGAUAUAUGAUAUCAUGCUCAUCUGAUGACGGGACAUGAUGGUGUCAGACUGAGUGUAAUCAAUUCAACGAAACGAGAACUUUAAAAGACCUUUAAGUUAUGUGGCUGUAAAUGUAGCCAUAUUUUAGCUCCUUGAUACUGUACUUCUUACAGGUUGACUUUCACAGAAUCAGAAGUCAUUGGCAUAUUCUGAAAAACAUCACCUCUUGGGAUGAAGGCCACCAAGAAGGAUCUGGUCCUUUGCCAGUCUAUCCACUUUCCUCCAGGUAUCUCCACACACAUCAACCGUUCCACUGCCAGAUAGUUCAGUUCUUAUUUCUGUGUGUCUUUUGAUGUUUUGGUUUGGUUUUGGGAGAUUGGACUAGUCUUUCCCCAUACCUCUUGGUUGUUGAUCUGGAUAGUCUUAGUAAAAGUCCAUCAUGGUUACGGUGGUUCUCUGAUGUUUCAGCCCCAUACUAAAAGGUUCAAUAGUUGUGUUGUGUUGAAGAUCCUUGACUGCUCAUUAAUAUUCUGCUUCAGUCUACAUGAAGCCUUGAGAGAGGAAGAGAGAAGUCUUCUCAGGGCAUUGAAUCCAUCGCAAAUGGACUCAUAUUGCCUUAAAACAAUGUUUUGUCUCUCAUCCAAGCAUCAAAUCCAGUAUCUUCUAAGACAAUGUGAACAGUCCAGUUGCAGUUACAGGAGUGAAUAAACCUCAUUUUCAUUUUUGGAUGCGUCAGAUGCACCUGAUAAAUAUCCAUAUGCUGGGAAUAUCUGCUGUUAUACAAUUCAAAGAAAUGAUUGCUGUCUAAUCUGGAGAGAAUGACCAAUUCAUGCUUGCAUGUUCUAGUGGUAUCCUUUGCAGAAUAUAUGGACUGAUGCUCGCAUGCAUGAGACACCAUUUAGACACGACAACCUUCAGUUAAAAAAAAAAACAUUUCAUAUUCAGAUAUUUCUGUGGAUUGUGACAAUCAAGCAAAAGUGAUGGACAUAGAACCACAAUCAUGUCAAAGCCAAAACCAAGGUAGAACUGCAGUGGAUGCACAGAUUGGCACAAUGACAUCACUCAUGCAAUAUGGAUUUGUUUUAUUUACCUUUUUAAGCCAUUCCUGUUGGGGCUCCAGACCUUGGUCAGGACUGUUAGGGGGAUCUCUAUUUGCUGCCCUGAGGCUGAGGUCUGUGACGGCUUGACAUGAGGACUCGUCACCAAAUUCUCACUCUAUACCUUGCUUGUAUCUUUUUAAAACCUCCAACUCUCAGUAUAGGAGAUCACUUUGUUUUUUCUGCAUAUUUAAAUAUUAGUCAAUGACAACACAGCCGAACACAAAAUACAGUUUUUAUUAUUAUUAGAUUUAUUAUAACAGGAGAAAGAUCCCAACCGAUAUGGCCCUGUGUGGAAAAAGUGAUUGCCCCUUAAACCUAAUAAGUGCUUAAGCUAACCUUAGCAGCAACAACUGCAAUCAAGCAUUUGCGAUAACUUGCAAUGAGUCUUUUCCAGUGCUGUAGAGGAAUUCUGGCUUUCUCAAUUGUGCAGAGUUGUUGUCAUUCAGCCAUUGGAGGUUUUUCCAGCAUGAAGUGCCUGUUUACCGUCAUGCUACAGUAUCUCAGUAGGAUCCAGGUCAGGACUUUGGCUACUUCAGAGUCUUCAUUGUGUUUUUGGUCAUUGUCCUGCUGCACAACCCAAGUUGGUUUCAACUCGAGUUCACCAACAGAUAUUUUUGGUAGACAGCAGAAUUCAUGGUUCUAUUUAUCACAGCAAACCUUCAGGUCCUGAAGCAGCAAAAUAGCCCAAGACCUUCAUUAUUGUUUGGUCUUUUUCUGAAACUUAGCAUUGUUUUUACGCUACAUUUAAAGAGACACACACCUUCCAAAAUGAUUGUUUUCUGGCGAAUUUGAGACAAGCCUUAAUGUCCUUUUUGUAGUGGUUUUGGACUUGGAACUCUGCCAUGCAGGCGCAGUUAUUUGGAUGUUGUUGUGGGGUCUUUUGUGACCUCUUGGAUGAGUCGUCACUGCACUCUUCGGGGGAUAUUGGUUGGCCGGCCACUCCUGGGAAGGUUGUCCACUGUUCAAUGUUUUUUGUGGAUAAUGGCUCUCACUGUGGUUUGUUGGAGUCCCAAAUGUUUAGAAUUGACUUUAUAACCUUUUCCAGACAACAGAGGGGGGCAAUCACUCUUUCACACAGGGCCAGGGCCAUGUAGUUUUUUUCCCUCCCUUAGUAAUAAGUUUCAUUUAAAAACUGUAUUUUGUGUUCUCAUUAAUAUUUCAAUUUGUCUGAUGACCUGAAACAUUUAGUUGUGACAAACAUGCAAUAAAAAAUAAAAAUUUAACCCCUUAGCAUUGUGAGAUGUUGGGGCCAAAACACCAAUAAGAGCUUUUGGAGUAGAGGCAUGGUUUUGAAAACUAACAAGUCUAGAAUUUGUGCAAGCGGUACUGACAUAGAGGAAUAUGAGUUUUGAACAUGCAGAGAGGAAGGAUUUUUUUUUGCAUUUUUUCUGAAUAAUGUGCCUUCAAAAUACCUCAUCUGUAACUGAAUAUGAGUCACAGCUUGAGUCCUUACCUAAUGCUAUUACUGAUUUGACUGAUACUACAAAAAUGUAGUACUUCACAUAGUUUUUUCUAAAGUUAGGAUGGUUGGAGAAGUAAACCGCUGUGAUGCUAAGGGGUUAAAUGGCCAUAUGUUGAAGUAAUAAGUCCAGCAUAUAUGACAAAUGAUGUCAUAUAGCAAAACACUAAUACAACACCAUUGGUAUCAUUUGGGGCUGCGCAGUGAGCAAGUGGUUAGCAUGUAGGCGAUACAUUGAAUCUCCUCUUGGGCAUCUCUAUGUGGAGUUUGCAUGUUCUACCCAUGCGUGCGUGACUGUACUCCACUUUCCUCCUCCCACAUUCCAAAAACAUGCUAGGUUAAUUGGCGACUCCAAAUUGUCCAUAGGUAUGAAUGUGAGUGUGAAUGGUUGUUUGUCUAUAUGUGCCCUGUGAUUGGCUGGCCACCAGUCCAGUAUGGACCCCGUCUGUCGCCCCAAGACAGCUGGGAUAGGCUCCAGCACCCCUGUGACCCUUGUGAGGAUAAGCGGCAUCGAAAAUGGAUGUAUGGAUGGCAAUGUUUGCAAGCUAACCCUUAGGUUCCACUGGUCUUCAGCAGUCUUCACCCAAAAUUGGUUGCUCUGAACAGGGUUGUUAAAGGGGGUGCUCAAAUUCUUUAUCCUUGGGAUAUUUCAAGUGAUAUUUCGAGUAUGAGAACUACUUUAGUCUGGGAAAACGACAGUACGUAUGCGAUAUAGCAAUACUCAUUUCCAGGCCAUGUCAUUAUUCAGUAGGAGGCAACGCACUGUUCUCGAGUGCCACAAAUGUUUUUUGUACUUUUACGACUAUAUGACCGUACAUCAUGCAUGCAGCUAUCAAAAGUGUCUGAUAAUGACUGCUAGAAAAGCGUGUCAAGGCUAAUCCCGUUUACCUCUGCAUUGUCACCAUCACUCACACUCAAAGCACAUUUCAUGCAAAGGUUUAACUGCUGUUUGUACUCCUGAUUUACAGUAUAUGGCAAUGUUACAACAACACGAACAUACAUAGGUAUUUGUGACAAUACUGCAUCCAACCAGACUAUCAAUAUUUGGAUGGAACUUCCCCGACCGUAAUGGAGUGGUUUUCAAAGUCAUCCACAGCACCGAGAGAAUGAAAAAAAUAUUAGGAAUUCUGCUCAAUAAAAGCAAAAUGGAAGUGGGUGGCAUUUGAUUUUCCAGUGACACCACUUGAAAAAGUCCUGCAUUUCCAAGAACUGUACAAAGCUAUGUGUUUUUGACAGCUGAUGGACUAUUUCUUUCAGUUCCGAUUGGAAGCGGGUCCAGUCUUAAGCUAGCAUGUUGCUAUUUUGUACCUUGUCCUGUCAUUGCUGUAUGUCUCCCCCUGUGCAAUCCAGAAAAAGAACAACAUGUCAGCAUUGAGAAAACAAUAUUGUAUUGUUCUUGUAGUGUCAUCAUGCUUUGCUCUCGGUUCUGUCGACAGUUUGUUUUCUUUUGUUAGAUUUGGAUGAACAAAAAUUAUUCUGUGACACUUUUUUUUUUCUUUUUAUGUAAAUGAUGUAAGAAAAAUGUCUAUAUUUGGCUUGAGGGAUUUUCCCUCUUUUUCCAGAUUCAGAACAGCACUGUUUCGUCGCUACAGGAAAGAACUGUCUAAUCUGAGCAAGAUGCUUAGUGUUUUUGAUGUGGAAGAGUUGAAUUUUAUUUGAUUAAAAACAAAACAUGUUCAUGUUUCAAUAAA